AUGAGGGACCCGUUCUCCUCACUGCUGGCGUCGCGCGCCGGCAAGCUCGCCCUCUCGCUACUCCUGGCCUCGCCAGACCUAAUAUCUCGAACCAACGCUUUCACUUUCAACCCCAUACCCUCCCCUAAUAUCGACAUCCAAAGAUUGGGCCGCGUCGCCCUUGCCGGCGACUUCGACUCAAUAUCGCUCUACGAAUACGAAGGACAGAACCAGGACGCCGCGACCAAUGGUCUCUACUCUCGAUUUCCAAAUGGCUUGUUUGCGAAAAUACAAAAGACUGAUGGUGAGGUCAGGGCCAUGUGCAGGUAUACCAAUGACGAUCUGGACGCAAUCGUCGUAGGAGGCAACUUCACUAGCGUCGACGGCGAGUCUACCCCAGGAGGCAUUGCUCUCAUCGACGUAAAUACGGGAAAUGUGACAGCCACAACCGGAUUGACUGGGCAGGUCAACGCUCUCUACUGCGACGCUACCCGCCAACAAGUCUAUGUCGGAGGCAUUAUCGAUGGCGGCAAUUCCACCAAUGCCAUAAUAUGGAAGGCAGACAACAGUUGGGCGAAUCUACCGUUCAAAGGUUUCGAUGGGACGGUCCAUUCUAUCGUUCAGGGUCCAAACAACACCAUCGUCUUUGGAGGACAGUUUCAAAAUCUGAAUGGAAUCAAUCUGUCCGGAAACGGCACCGCAGAAAACAAUACCCAGUCUUUGCCGAUCGGAUCUGCGACUAUAACGGCUCAGACCAGCUCAGGACAAGCAGGCUUCACCGAUCCCAAGGCCAUCGUCUGCAAGGACGAUACCAAGAUCCAAGGUUCCGGCUCCACAUGGCUCCUGGCAGACAACAGUGCCGGGUUCUGGAAGGCGGAGUUCGGUUUCGGAUUUCAGCCCACUCAACUCCAACUGCACAAUACCAAUUUCGAGGGUCGCGGUACCAAGGAAUUCCGUUUCACUGCCCUUCCGGAUGGUGGCAUCAUGAACUUGACCUACAGCGAUCCUAGCACCGGAGAGCGCAAGUUCUGUGACGCCACCUGCCCCCUACCGCAAGGAAACACGAGUGCUCAAGUGUUUGACUUCGUGAACGUUGUGGGCAUGAAUACAUUUCGCAUUGACAUCUCUCAGUGGUAUGGCGAUGGUGGAGGUCUUAAUGGGAUCGAACUUUUCCAGACCGACGUUUACGCCUAUGCCAUUCAAGAAUUCAACGCGCCGAAAUGUGGAGGUGCUACAAGCGGUGGUCAAGCGACUGCCGUGGGCAACUGGCAGUCUACCCCUUCUCAUGACAGCAACUCAAAAUACCUCACUGCGACCCUCGACACUGCUGACUACUCACCAAAUUCCACCUAUGUUGUCUUUCGACCGGACGUUCCACAGUCCGGUAAUUACACCAUCAAGAUGUACACUCCUGGCUGCCAGGGUGAUGGGACAUGUGGUACUCGUGGCCGAGUCAACGUGACUGGCUUCAUGGAAUCCGGCUCUGGCCCGACCAGCGUUAUAUUGGCCCAAACAAACGAUUUUGACAAGUACGACGAAGUUUACAACGGCCAUGUCGACGUUACCAACGGUUUCCGUCCUGAAGUCACCCUGGCUCCUGUUGCUGGCCAAAACCCCGGCACAAAUGUGUUGACAGUAGUCGCCCAGAGAGUGCGCUUCGAGAUCCGCACGGCACAGGACAAUGGCACAGAGAUCAAUGGCCUGUUCGAAUAUGAUCCCGACCAGCAGAUUACCAGUACGAACUUCACUGCUACCACCAUCGACAAAGCUGGCGCAAGCCUCAAUCCGCAAAGCUCGGCCAUUGUCAACACCCUGGUAACAUCGGACAGUCGACUGUACGUUGGGGGAAACUUCACGAAUGGAGACGGGCUCAACUACAUAUUUGCCGUAGCUGACAGUGGACCUACCAAGCUCAGCGGCAAUGGUCUCAACGACCAAGUCGUCACCAUAUACCAAAGCGGAUCGACCCUCUACGUUGGUGGCAACUUCACUAAUACCCAGGACAAUAGCAAUGGCGACCUGGGUCGUGUUGCUGCUUAUUCUGACGAUAAGUGGCAAGCACUCGGCGCUGGUGUCGAUGGCCUGGUCACUUCCAUUGUCCCUAUUUCGAAUUUGACCGGCAAUGCGACUGAGGAUGUUCUAGCCAUCACCGGUGAUUUCGAGAAUGUGCGUGCUUUUGGCGACAACCCUUCCUUUUCCGCGGAUGGAUUCGCUAUAUGGGUACCAUCUCAAAACAACUGGUUGCAAAACCUGGACCUUACAACAAUUGCAAUCUCAGGCAGUAUCACGACGUUCGCCCAAAUGAAUGAUACCGAUCGCUUCUACGCAGGCAGCAUCAGCUCGCAAGGUUUAGGCGCAAGCGGAGCUGCUGUGCUGAACAGUAACAACACUUUGAGCAGCCUCGGGAUCAACGUUGACCUUGAGCAACAGCAGCAAGCGUCGCUACGCAAGCGAGCGUUGACCGCAGGCCAGAAUGUUACAAACACUGGGAUCUCCACUGCUAUCUUCCACAAGAAUGGUGACAAUAUCGACAAGACGGUCCUUGCAGGUCACUUCGCUGUCACAGACAAAGAUGGUCAGAACAUCACUAAUGUCGUCAUUAUUGACAGCAACAACGCGAUCACCGGUUUUGGCGAUGGGGUAGACUCGAAUUCGACUUUCGGCGCUCUUGGUCUGCUUGGUGAUGUCCUUUUCGCUGGUGGCCUAGUCACUGGCAAGGUCGGAGACAGCAGUGUAGCCGGGGUGGUUGCGUACGAUCUCGCCAACAAUAAGUUUCAAGACAGCCAGCCCCCUGCCCUCCAGGGCACCAACGUCACGGUCAACGUCAUCGCCCCAAGACGCAACUCUCAAGACGUCUUUGUGGGAGGUCAAUUCGACUCAGGCGGAGCACUGAGCUGUCCAGCUCUCUGCGUUUGGGACAACGAACGUAAACAGUGGAACACUCCUGGCGCAGACAUCUCUGGUGUUGUCACCAACCUGCUAUGGGUCUCGGAUACCAAGGCAUUGAUUGCAGGUGACCUCACCGUUGGCACCAACAAGACCAAAGUCUCCACGUAUGAUUCUACAAACAGUCAGUUCCAGGAAGUUGCAGGAGCUGGCGCCCUCCCCGGGACAGUGGACGCUCUUUGCCCCGCCAACCUGGAUGGCUCUCAGAUGUGGGCUGCUGGUAAAACGAGUGAUGGUAGUACCUUCCUGCAGCGUUUCGAUGGGGGCAAAUGGAAUGCGGUGGAUGAUAAGUUGCUAGGCCCCGGCACUAACAUCCAGGGUCUACAAUCUCUGCCUCUGAGCCAGGACCACCAGAAGUCGGACCUGCUGGAUCAAAACCAAGCUCUGCUGAUACUAGGACAAGUCAACAUCACCGGCUUCGGUGUCGCAUCGGCAGCUCUGUUCAAUGGUACUACCUUGACACCCUUUCUUUUGUCUUCUGCAAAGGGAGGCUCAUCUGGUAGCCUGUCGAAGGUAGUGGCGGAACACGAGGAUUUCUUCAGUGGAGGAGGCAACGGUCUGGCUCUUGGCUUCAUCGUCCUCAUUGCGCUCGCCAUAGCGCUCGCUCUUACCUUCCUACUGGUAGUUGCCGGUAUCCUGAUCGAAUGGUACCGCAAGAGGGCAGCGGGCUAUUCCCCAGCUCCCACGUCAUUCACGGAUCGCGUCGGCAACCAAAGUCGGAUACCGCCUCAAGAGCUUUUCGGCACUCUCCGGGGACCCCAGGCGCCCACGAUAUGA